CAGCACGCUUAUUCUGUACUAAAUCGUGACACGUGGCCACUCGAAAGCAACAGAUGGCAGCACAUUGUUACUUGUUAUAGUGUUUUCGGUCACGUGGCUUUUCGUAUAUGUCAGGAUGCCGAAAAGAAAAUGCGUAUGUACUUUGAUAGAAUGCUGCCUUUACAACAUAGCGAAGAAUAUAGACAAUUAUUGGUGUUUUCGGUACUUACGAGACACCGAAAAGUACUUAUACGUGAUUGGUCCGUUUGAGGAAUUAGCUGAACAUCUUAUCGAAGGCCUUAUCAAAAUAUUUCAUAAAAAUAAGUUACUAAGACACCAUCAUCUAAAGAUUUUAUUAAAUUCGUCAAUACGAAAAUUGAAUAUCAGUGGAUGGAAUGGAGACUUAGGUGAAAUUAUACCCACAGUUGCAGUAAAAUGCCAGAAGUUAACUCAUCUUAACAUUAGUGGUUGUUCCAAUAUACCACUGAAAGCCUUUCUACAACUUCCUGAAUCCUUGCCUUUGGUCGUAUCUUUAAAUUUUGGAUGUACAAAAUGUUUCGAUCAAGUCUUAGGAAAGAUUGGAAAAUUCUGUAAGCAUUUAAGAGAACUUGAUGUGAGUUUAACACCUGUAACUGACUUUGGAAUAUCAAGUUUAUGUAUUAAUAUGGAUGAAUUGGAAGAUGGAAAAUCUUCUGCUUCAAAAUUAAUCAAACUUGUUAUUUCAGAGACGAAAGUAACAAAUAAGGGAGCUAGAUGUGCUUUAAUUAAUUUACCUAAUUUAGUCAAUCUCGAGUAUCAUAAUAGUUUGGAUGUUGUGACUGAGUUAUAUGAUUGCGAAUAUGAUAGACAAUACAAAUUACUUCAGUUAUCCGGAGAAAAUAUUAAAGGAGAACGUAUUCACGAACGCUAUUUUGAAAUUGCCCACACGUUAUGCCCAAACGUGACUUACUUGAAAUUAGUGGACGUAGCACUCUCAGACGACGAUCUUUUGCUUUGUGCAGGAUUUGAAAAUCUGACCCAGUUUCAAUUGCUUUGUGGACAGACAUCAUCUGUUACAUUUUAUAAUGGUAUAACGGCACUUUUACAAAUGAGAGGUACACAGAUCACAGCUUUAGAAUUAGGUGACAUUGAUGUCAUUAACAUACCAGUAAUUGGUCAACUGUGUCCAAAUUUAGAACUGCUAUCAUUAUAUAUGAUAGCAAGUUACGAUUAUAUGUUUCAACAUAAAUUAUGUGACAUAGCGGAUCCAUUUUCACGUCUUAAAGAAUUAGAUCUUAUAUUUUUACACGAGGUAGAUAUACCUGAAGUCUUUUUAAAACUUUUACUUACACAAGCAAAACAUUUGAGGCUUUUUCAUCUUCACAAUAGUGAGAGCUUAAGCGACCAACUUUUUCUAGAUGUGCUUACUGUAAAUCCUCUAUCCGAAAUUAAAGAUGUCGCUUUCGAACAUUGCCCGCACAUUACGGGAAACAUGUUAAAAGCCCUGUUGAUGAUGGAAAAUGAGCUGGAAACUUUUAACUGCUUAUGGUGUAGUAAUUUUACCUUGAGAGAAUUUCAAGAAUGUGAAAAAUAUGUUCGUGAACAAAAUUUAGAUGUUAAUAUGCAAUGGUUAUGAGAUUAGAAAUUUUUUAGCGAUUAUAAUAUUUAAUUAGAAUGCUAAACAUCAUAAGUUUCCAGCAUGUGUAAUUAAUAAAAGGAAAGUUUCGCCGUCAUUUCUUAUCCUGCCGACAAGAUUAUUACACCAGUAAACAACUUAAUAUGAUAUUUCCUUUUCUCUAACGUAAGUUCACAUUAAAAUUAUUUUAUUAUAUUGUUUAUUAGUUAACACAGUAGCAGAAAAAAAGAAACAUUUUACAAGCGUUAAACUUUACAAAAACUUACAUUAUUAACUUCUUUCUGCGCUUUCACCUUGUUUUCAUCGUCAUCGUCUGAAUUAUCCGAAUUACUCUAAGAAUAAAAACAGCAAUUAUAAUGCUUGCAAAUUAUAAUUUAAAACAAAAUACAAUCCACUAACCCUGUAUCCAUGCUUGAUAAUUGUCUCCUCUUCGAUACGAAAUUGUAAAUCUUCUACUUUUCUGUAAAGUAAAAAGUCAAAUAAAGAAGAAAAUAUGUCGAAUAUUAAAAAUGAAGUCAGUACAGUACCUUCUCUCUUCUUCCAAUCGAGCUGUUAAUUCCUUCCUCUCCUGUUCGCUUUCGUCUAACAGUUGUCUUAGGUAUGCUAUGUUAUAUUCACUCUGCUCCAUAUACUGAUCGUGCUCCAAUUGUAAUGUUUCUAAAUUCUGUUCUGCCUGAUGAGAAGAUAUCGAUUACGUAAAACAAAUCGAACUUAUUCUUUCCAGUGCUUCCCAACCUAGAUAUGGUACCACCCUUUAUGACGUGCCGCAGGGGUGGUAGCUGCGCUAGUUUCAAGGUCAUUUAUGGGUUCCUAAAGACGUAUUAAGUCUGUUGUGUCUAUGUAUAUUGCUGCUCAGGAUAGAAAAGUUAAACUAAUUCAUUUACUUUGGGGGAUAGACUGCUCGAAAUAUUCAAUGAUCCAUGAUUAGUGAGUGUUAUUAAUAAAUAUUGUCUUGGUUGCUGUGUAAAAGUUAAAAGUGUCUCUUAAAUAAAAGAAUAUAUCCAUUUAGGGUAAGAUCUCGUGAUUAGUUUUAAUUUAGGAGGUGAUAUCAGCUUCCUUUUUAGAUUUACUGAAAUUUCCUUCACUCGAAAAGAUUUUAACAGGCAUUUUAUGCUCUGGAAUUUCGAUUGGGAACCACUGGGCUAACGUAGCCCGUUCAUUCAUACCUGUUUAAUUUCGGAGGCAGCGCGAGCUAUUUCCGCUCUCUCCAAGUCUCUCUCUCUCAACAACUGCUCCAGGUGUUCCUCCUUCUCCUUGAGAGCUUCCUAUAAGUAUUAAUGACGUCACGCUUUUGUAUGAACACGAACAAGCUUAAAUAGACAGCAGCUGUCUCACAUAAGAAGGAAAAAAUUCGUUUACACGAUCGGUAAUUGAAAAAGGAGGAUGUGUCUGUUAAUUAAAAAUACGUACGUCCCAGUUUCGACACUUUGAAGAGUGUAGCAACUUCUUGACCUCCUAACUCUGUUUCGACAUCGUGUUGAUAUAACUUAAAAUUAGAAAAGCCUUUCACGAGUUUAAAAAUAGGAGAUUUUUUACUUUGAAAUGACUGGGACUAAAAAAAUGAACUAACUGAUCCGUGCGUUUAUUGGAGUAUUCAUUUAUAAUGGAUAUAAUCCGCCUUACAACUGAUGAGAGCAUUUAAAACAUCGUUUAUAUCUGGAUCCCUAGAUUUCGAUUUUUAACUGGACUGGAGCCAUAAAUAGCGUGACUUGACGAGUUUUAAGUUGUAAACUACACGAGGAAUAAAUAUAAAUCAUUUUAAGUCAAGGAACUUUUUAAUAUUCUUUACUCUUAUUAAAAAUAUUACUGUUAAAUUGAGGCAUUAGCAUAGAGACAUGGGCUUUCAGGGUAUAAUUUAAUUGAUUAAUUAACACAUUACUAAGCUAAAGUUGAUAAUUAGCAUUAAAAGUUAGGAUUUAGGACUGGCAAUUACUUAGUGGACUGUAAAUUUUAUUAAGUUUUUUAUUUUUAUUUUUAAAAUCUCUGGAAGUGUUUGUAUUCUUAUAUAUAUUUAGAUAGUAUAAAGGAGUAUUUUUGUAGUAUUAAUUUAGGUAACGUGCGUAUAAUUUGUUAUGACAGCUGCUGUCUUCGAGUCUCGGAUGAUAAGCAAUCAAAACACAAUUUUUAAAAAAUUAUGCUUUUAUUUAUUUACUUCAUUUAAAUAUAAAGGAUACAAAAUUUAUUUAAAUUUUUUUUUUUAAAUCCCACCACCUUUCUAUGUACAUAUUUUUCAAAAAUUAUGAUGUUAACUUCAUGCACAUUAUUUUUUUUAUAUAAAAAAAAAUAAGAAAUAAAAAAAAAUAAUUAUAAACAUAUCAAUAAUGUUGACUAUAGCACACACCAAAGCGAAACAAAACAAAAACUUUUUUCUUCCAUGCUUGCUCGGAAGUCUUCAGACUUUCAAAACCUAAGUGCAGCCCAAUAGGGAACAAGAACACAAAGAGGGAGAAAAACACAAAAACAAAAAUCAGCAAAAUUCAAAGACACAUAACACACAGAAAAAAAAAAUGUACGUGCAAAAGCGACAAAAUUAGACUAUGUUAAUAAAAACAAACAAAAAUUUGGGUUAAUCUUUGGAAAAACGGGCCACGUGACCGCCAAUAUGUCAGUUUUAUUUUAAGGAUCGGGUGACUGUUAAGUGAUUUCCGGCUUUUGUCGUCGUCGUCGUCGCGAUGUCUUUUUCUUUACUGUCUGUCCUUUAUUGUGUGACAGAUUUUUUUUUCUUUUUCUGUUGAUAAAAAUUAAGCGAAUCGAAUCGCAUGAUAAUUAGAAUUCAUUCGACGUAUAUACGAAAGACCGCAGUUUUUACGUCGCAUUCAAUUUUAAACCUCAGGCGACGACACUAACAGUUUUUUUUUUUUUCACGCGAGUCGAAAUAUUGCGUGGAAUACACGAAAAGAUUCGAUAAUAUCAACAGAAACAUGCCAUCAAUAGGGGUAAGCUCUUGUUCCGAUCGAUACGAAAUCUGAUAAAACGUCACCCGAUCAUUAGCGUCACAUAACAGAUGCAUCAUUUUCAGCCAUGUGAAUAGCGCAUCAAUCAAGAAAAAUAACAAUAAUACAUGCGUACGAAAGCGUAUGACAUGAUUAUUUAUGCGAAGCUAACGUUAAAAAUUGUGCUACUUACCUGCAUUGCCGUAGUUGUUGCCUGAACGCUCGAGAUGACGGGACUCGCAGACUUCUAUAGAAA